AUGGUCAGCUAUGACGAAUUUAAGGAUAAAUGUCGCGAGUCAAUGGAAACGGGUGAUUUUGAAUGGAUGGAAGUCGUUCCAUAUGACUCUAGAUUUCCAAAUACCAAUCAAACUCCUAAAUGUGUGCAAAACUUUGUAGAUUUUCAGCGUUGUAAGCGAGUAUAUGGAGAGGAAUACAAAGCUUGCAAUUACUUUAUGCGUACGGCACAAUUACUUUGCCCAUCAUCAUGGAUCGAGAAAUGGGAAAAAGAAGUAGAAAACAAUAUGUUUCCAUACAAGAUAUAG